AUGUGGCAACAAUCUGUUGGAAGUAUAUUUAAUGACCAACUUUCCUCUAAUAUUGACCGACAGAAAUAUUUUUUCUUAAUCCUUGAAAAGGAAAUGAUUAAUUUAAACAAAAUGUUGAAUAUUGGUCAACGCAGCUUUUUGCCUCAAGAAACCCUUACAACUUCAUCCACAAACCCUAACUCUGCCACAUUUUAUCUUAAACUAGCUAAAGAUAAAAUAUCUGAAAUUUCAAUUAUUCCCACUAAAGAUGAGGUGUUAUGUGUUCGAGAUCAAAUUUUACCUACAACAAAUAUGGAUGACUCACUGCAUUAUCUACUAAAAGGUGCUGAACGCCUUCUUGACACACAAUUUCGUCUUCUUAGAGAAGAUAUGCUGUGUCCUAUAUACCUUGGUAUUGUAAACUUCAUUAAAUUUUAUACGGAAUCAGCAAAAAAUGAUGCAAAGAUUAGAAGAUUACAAGAACGUGGUGGAAGGCACAAAUAUGAUGGCUUAAAUGGCACGGAUGGAAGUGAUUUACAAAUAAAAGUCGAUAAAAGGCGCGGCUUUUCUUGCCGAAUGGAAUUCACACAGAAAAUAAACAAGGUCGAUUGCAAAGAUAAGAAUGUAGCAUUGGUUGAUAUUAGUUUUAUUAAUACAUCGAUUUAUAUAAUUGCUAUGAAAGAAAUAAUGAAAAAAAAAUCAAAUAAUCGGACAACCGGGUGCUUCAUGGUCGAAUCUACGGGAGUGGCAUUAAUUGAAUAUUUUGAGUCAUAUUUACAUAUAUUAAAAACUAUACCAGCAAAUUUUCCUUCUGAAAAAUAUUUGGCACCACAAGUAAUUGAAAAUUCUUCUUCUGAUCCGCCUACAUACACUCGAGCACCCGGAUUCAAAUUUGAUUUGUCAGUGCUAUUGGAAGAUAAAAUAAACAACUUUCCCUAG